AUGGCUUGGAAGAGCAGUGGCCUAAUGGAAGUGUACAAAUUUCUUCUCUUAGUGACUUUCUUUCUGCCAUGUGAAAUGACGAGCUCUGCUUUAACUGUAAAUGGUAAAACUGAGAGCUAUAUCCUGAACACUAGGCCUCACUCCCAUGAGUCUCUGACAUGUGCCGUUCAAAAUCACACUACAGAGGAAGAACUUCUCUGGUACCGACAAGAGGGAAGAGUGGCCUUGAAAUCUGGAAAUAAAAUCAACUCCAGCUCCAUCUGUGUCUCUCCCAUCAGUGAAGACGACAAUGGAGUCACAUUUACCUGCAAACUGCAGAGGGAUCAGUCCAUGUCCAUCUCAGUGGUACUCAACGUUACCUUUCCUCCUCGCCUAAGUGGAGAUGACAUCCAAACAGCUGAGGAAGGGAGUGAUGUGCAGUUGGUUUGCAGUGUGAAAUCCAACCCUCAGGCUCAAAUGAUGUGGUACAAAAACAACAGCAUCCUGGAUUUAGAGAAAAACCAUCACCAAGUCUACCAGACAAGUGAAUCUUUUCAGCUAUCAAUCACCAAAGUCAAGCAAUCUGACAAUGGAACCUACAGCUGUGUUGCAAGUUCACCUCUGCAAACAGAGACUAAGGACUUUCACCUGAUUGUUAAAGAUAAAGGGUGGCGUACACCGAAUGAACCCAUUAUAGCUGCAUGUGUUGUAGCUGUUCUGACAAUGGUCUUUGGGCUGAUUGCUAGAAGACAAAGAAUAAUGAAGGUAUCUAAGUAUUCUAAGCUAUUAGAUAUAAAGUCAUCUACUGAAUCUGCUAAAUUUGCUAAAUAAAGGUAGGGAACUGGCUAUGUAAGUGACUAGAGUUAGGAAUGAUUCUUGGGCAAAGUUGAAUCUGGUCUCUCUACCAUGGAAUCUAAAAAGAAGUUAGUUAAGGGAAUAAACAUUGCACUUGUAUUAUGAGUAUAGAUGUGCAGAGAAUACAAGUACGUA